UCUAGUUAUUGUUCUUUAUUUUUGAUCUAUAUUUAUUUUAGUCGUAAUUAAGGCUUCAAUAAUCGAAGAGUAAUAUUUCAAUAAAUUGGAUAUCAAAACUUAAAGAAAACAAAAUAAUAGUUUAAAUAAAUUUCAAAUUCAAACUUGAAAAGUUUUAUAAAAGUUCAAGGAUGAAAUUAUCGCUUUUUCUCAUAAGCAUAUUUCUAUUUUACAUCAUUGAUGCCGCAUCACUUAAAAAAUUAACAGUAAAAGUGAAGGAUGAUAAUACAAAAGAAAAAGUUCCCACUGAUGAACUAAUUAUAAGUGAAAUAUAUAGAAGCGGAAAUGAUGGCGAGGUUUCUGAAUUAAAUAAUUUAAAGUUUAUAAAUGCAAAAAAUCAUUUUAAAUAUACGAAAGGCUUAGACGAAAACCCGGAAAACUCAUUGAAAAAAUUACAUAAUCCCAAUCAAAAAGAUUCAGAGUUUUUCACAAACAUAAAACACGAUAAAAUCAAUGACGAGUAUGAACAAAAUCAUCAAAAAUUAUACUCUGAAAAAGACAGUUCGAAGAAUCUUACUAUUCCAAAUGAAAUAUUCGAGUUCACGUCAAAAGGGAAUAAUAUUGGGUUUUUGGCAAAAAAUGAGUCAUUUAUAAAUCCUUACAAAAUGUUGCGUGACUCAAACGGCAAAUACUCUGCUUAUGAGAUAGCUCAGUACAUCUUUUGGACUGGUGAUGAAACAGGAAUAUCAAAUGCUGUCGAAGAGUUGAUUGAUGAGGAAUUGAUGACUCGUGAAAAUGCUGUUGAAUUUUUGAAAGAUAUUCGCCUUGGAAUCGAUUAUUUAAAAAAUAAGUACAACACUGGCGAAAACAAAAACGUUUUACCUCGUACAGAAAAAACAACCGAUCCAGAAGCUUCAAUUGUUGAAGAAAUUAGUUUCAACUACAACUUUAUGAAACCUCAGCGCUUCCCUAAAACCAGUUUUGAAGAUAAAAUCAAAUCUGAAGAUAAUCAAAUUCCAACAUUAUCUCCCAUGAUAGUAAAAGCCCUUGAAAAAAUACCAUCGUUUGAAAAAUUAGCUAAUAUUCAUCGAGAAAGUAAAAAUAUGCAUCAGCCUGAGCCAACUGAAUCUAAUGAAAAUGUAGGUCGUAUGCACUUAAAAGACUUCUUUUUUGGAGAAUAUUCUUUGGAAGAGGUAAUUUAUCAAUUAGCAAAAACAAUGUUUACACAGAGCCUCACUAAUGGAUCAGAAGACUCACAAGCUGCUUUACAAAAACUAACCCAGUUUUUAGAAAACGAAGGAAAACAUGGACGAAUAUCACCAAUACUUGAAAAAAAAGUAUUAGACGUUUUACUUGCCGCAUUAUCUGAUACAUUAAAUGAAAAUCCAGAGAUUUUAAAAAACAUACAUCUCGCAACACAUGAAUAAAUAGAUAAAAAUACAUUGAUCAUAUGAAAAAAUUUGUUGUCUAUACAUAUUUGUAACAUGAAGUAUAUGAAAAAAAAUUUGAAAAAAAAAUUCAAAAAUAUUUUUCUAAUUAGAUUCCUCUGAAAUAUAUAUUCUAAAAGAUUGAAAAAGCUAUAGAACUACAGCUAGGAUAAUUUUUUUUUCUUGUUAAAAUAAAAGUCUGACAAAAGUAAGCUUUAUUUUAAGUCUUUAUUAUACUAUUAGACUAUUCGUUUAAACAAAACAUAAAUUGUUAUAAAUUAUUUAUUCGUUAAAAUCAUUAUUUGUUUAAUAGUUUCCCGGCAUUGAAAACCUUACUUUUGGAUUUAUUCCCUCUCUCCAUUAAUUAUUACAUUUUUUUUUUGUUUUGAAUAUAAGACCCCCAAGUUGAGAAAAAAAUAUUAAAAUUGUAGAAAAAUUAUUAUUUUGGGCGUAUUGAUUUUUAUUUUACAUUUUUCCAACAUAUACAUGACAUUAAAAAAAGACUUUUGAAUAAAGGAUUUUCAAAUAUUGUUAUAAUACCCUGAUUCUAUUUUUUUUUAAAGUUAAAACUUAUAUCUUUAGAAAAAUACUAAAUCAAAUAAAGGUUUAUAGGGGCUUUCAUAAAGGUACUGAAAAUUUUGAUAUAGAAUUAUUUUAAAUGUUUAAAGAUCGUAUUUUCACUUUACCCUGUUUUUUCGUUAUAAGCUACUACUCGUUACUAAGCUACUAGCUUAGUAAAGUUUUUUUGAACUUGAAAUUUUUUUGUAAUCUUUACUAAGCUACUACCAAAAAUAAACAUUGUCAAUGAAAUAAAAUCGAGAAGAAAGCAAAAUUUCUUUAAUUAAGGUUAAAAAAUUCAAAAUUUUCAUUGAAGUUCAAUUUCUUUACUAAGCUACUACUCGUUACUAAGCUACUCCUCGUUACUAAGCUACUAGUGAGCCAAAAAAAUCACUUUUUUAUUCUUCUAAGCUACUAGCUUAUAACGAAAAAACAGGGUAAGCGAAAAUCACACAAUGAUUCAAAUUCGAGAAUAAUGUCCAAAAAUAUCAUAUCAAUUAAACUUUAUCUAUUUAAUGCCAGAUUAAAGAUCUUAGCCUUAGGCAUGUCCUAUAAAAAUAUCUCAUUCCUCCUUGCUGUCUAACUCCAAGAAUCAAUAGAUCAAGCGUUAAUGUAUAUGCAAUUCCACUGCGGACAUGUCGUUUGAUUCCGUUUUUCAAAUAUUUGCGAUUAAAGUUUACAUAAAUUUUAAUACAAAAUUUGAUCGUGCACAAUAUUUUUUGAUAAAAAUUUAUAACCCUUUGCUAAAAUAUCGUGGUUAUCCUUCAUAUAACAUGCUGAACCUCAUCAAAUGUAAAGAAAUAGACAAAAACUAUUAUCUUUAUAAUGUGUCAGAAAAAUGUGAUACACAAAAAAUUAUUGAACACUUUUUUAAAAUUUGAAUCAUUGUGAAUCACAGUUUUAGAUGUUGCAAAAAAUGUCAUUUUUCGGCUAUAAUUUCGUAUAACGUACACUAUUGCUUUAUUGAUUGCAUUCUAGCAAGUUGUCUGGCUCAGACAAAUUCUUACACAGAUCUUUCUUUGUUCUUUGUUAAUUUUUCUACAUGUAAAUUAUUGUUUUUAUCUAUAUGUAGACAAAGUUUACAUAAAAAAAUUGUCUUUAUGAAGAGAAAAUAUAUGAAAGAUUUUUUUUUCUAUUUGCGUAUAGAAUUGAUCUACAUAAAAAUUGAAUUUGCGUUUCAUAAAUUCUAGGAAAGAAUCUACAUUCUUCCUCUAGUGUAGACAUCUACAUUUGCAACACUGCUUUAUAUUAAUAAUAAAUUUCUAGUAAUUUAAUUAAGUUUAUCUUAAAAUUAUGUAAAAUUAUUGCUGCUAAUGUUGCAAUUCAGUUUGAUCCGCGUUAUUACUUCAGUUAUAUUGUAAAUAAAUGUUUCGAUGUCGAUACAUAUGUUACCACGUAAAUCUAGGUUUCUUAAUUUAUUAUUUGUUCCUUGAAUAUUAAAUGCAUUUUUUCCAAUAGAAUUGAUUUUGUUGAAUUGCAACUUUAUUCUUUGUAAAUUUAUAUUGCUGGAGAAAGUUUCGCUAGAAAUUGCCUUCAAGUGAUUGUCAUUUAACCAUAUUACCUGGAGAUUGCUUAAUUGUUUAAAAGCUUCAUUAUGUAUUUGCGAAAGCUUAUUAUUAUUCAAAUAAAGAAUUUUCAAAUUUAAAAGUCCAUUAAACGCAUUUUGAUCAAUUUCAGAAAUUUUGUUAUAUCCCAAAAACAUGAAUGCAAUAUUUGACGUUCCAUUAAAAGCAAACUUUUUUAAAUCCGUAUUUUGAAUCCUUAGAUUUUCUAAUACCGGAAAAUCACUAAUAUAAGUUGGAAUCACGGUAUUAAUUGUAGAGUUUAUCAUUAAUCCUAUUAGAUUAUUUUUUUCACUUUCAAGAGUUUCUUGUAUUCUAGUAAUUUUUUUUGCAUCAUUCUUCAUAUCUCUGUUACUGAUUACACAUGUAGUCAUUAAUUCAUGAACAUGUGACCAA